UUGCCACGCCUUAAACUUCAUUUCUUCUUUCUCAAUUUUUCUUAUUUAUAUUCAUUUUCUUCUUUAUAUUUUUUGGCGCUCACAUUAUAACCGACCCACCCAACUACCCCGACAACACUCAAAUAUCACCACCGCCAAAUCCACCACUAUUUCCGACAUCAAUGGCGGACCCACAAACACCAGUGGUGGAGAUCAACGGCUUAGAAUUCACUUACCCAGGAAUCGACGGUCACCCACCUCCGGGGUCCACCCCUCUAAUCAAAGAUUUUUCUCUCUCCCUCUUUUCCGGCGACCGUUGUCUUCUCAUCGGCGCCAAUGGCGCAGGAAAGACAACAAUAUUGAAGAUUUUGGGAGGGAAGCAUAUGGUUGAGCCUCAUAUGGUUCGGGUUCUCGGGCGAUCCGCUUUCCAUGAUACCAGUUUGACUACUUCUGGUGAUUUGUGUUACCUUGGUGGAGAGUGGAAGCGAGAUGUUGCUUUUGCUGGAUUCGAGGUUUCUAUACAGAUGGAUAUUUCGGCUGAGAAGAUGAUAUUUGGAGUAGGGGGUGUAGAUCCUGCAAGAAGGGAUGAACUAAUAAAGGUGCUUGACAUUGAUCUCUCUUGGAGGAUGCACAAAGUAUCCGAUGGUCAGAGAAGACGAGUCCAAAUCUGUAUGGGUCUCCUCAAGCCAUAUAAGGUUCUUCUUCUUGAUGAGAUCACGGUUGACCUUGAUGUGCUGGCAAGAGCUGACCUUCUUCUGUUCCUCAAGAAGGAAUGUGAUGAGCGAGGUGCUAUUAUCAUCUACGCUACCCAUAUAUUUGACGGGCUUGAGAGCUGGCCAACACAUCUGGUGUAUGUGGCUCGUGGCAAGUUACAAUUAUCAUUACCCAUGGAUAAACUUAAGGAGAUAUCAAAUUUAUCACUAAUGAGGACAGUUGAGUGCUGGCUAAGGAAGGAACUAGGCGAAGAGAGAAAGAGAAGGAAAGAAAGAAAAGCGCAGGGCCUUCCGGAAUUUGAGAAGCAUGUUCAAGGAAGUAGAGUCAUUGGUGAUCCUGCUCACACUGCUGUCCGUGUAGUUAACAACGGAUGGGCUGCAGGACGGUUGCAUUCAACUCUUGCUGGUGAAGAGAACUUCACCUUCAGUUCGAACAGAGUUCUAAGACAAUAGUUUGGCUUUGUUCAAGAUAUCAAACUUUCUGGGUUUGAACUUUGAAGGUAUACUGUGACUAUUUCAUUCAGCAAUUUACAGGCUAUAGUUGGCAUUGGAGUUUCGGAUUGAAUACGUAUAGCAUUCAGGAGUUUUCAUUUAUUCUAUUGUAAGAUUUGUAACGCAUAAAUAGCACAAUUUUUCGGUAAUUUUUUUAUAUAUAGAAAUCAUUUUAAUGAGAAGCAUUUAAAUUGCACC